AUGGCGACUUUGGCGAGAAUUUUUUAUGUUAGCAUGGUUUACAUGCAUACGGUUUACAUGCACACGAUGUGGUGGCCACUUGCUACAAUCGGAUCAUUCAUUCAUUUCUUUAUUUUUCUCUCCUGGAGCUACGCAACUCUGAAUAUCUCCAUUUUGGCUGCACAAGUUGGUGGUGGCUAUGUGCCAAGGAAUUGGAAAAUCGAUCCCGAAGUCAAGGCGACAUUUCAAAACGUUUGCAAUGGUGUCGAA